UCCGUGAGAAUCCACAGCUACACACCAGUUCAUUUCGCCAGCAGCAAGGGAAUUGGGGAAGAAAUAGAAACUAUCUCACGAUACUGAGAAAGAUACUGAGAAAGCACAAAGCGAAAAUGACGGGCGCAAACAGAAUCAGAGGCCUCAUGGGCAAAGGCGCCCCGCCAACACCAACCUUCUUCUCCAUCGUCCGCGUCGCCGUCCUCGUCCUCUCGCUCGCCGUCCUCGCCGCGUGCGCGUACUGUUUGUCGCUACUGGGCUCCUACUCGAGCAGCUAUACCGGCCCGCCUGGCUUCAUGCUCUUUGUGUCCCUCUUCACCCUCCUCGUCCUAGGCGGCGCCAUGAUCGUCGAGCACUUCGCAGCACACCUCUACUUCCGCAUCGCUGUCCUCAUUGGUUACGGCACGAAUUGCCUGUUUUGGCUCUCGGGCUGGGCGUGGUCUGCGAGUAUCGCGGCGUUAUUUUUGGGAGACACGUGUGUGCAGGGGACGUGUUUUGGGCCUACGACGGAGGAGAAGAGGUACGGGGGUAGUAUGGCUGGUGCUGCUGCCGUUGGGGCCGUGAAUUGGGUUCUGAUGACGAUUGUGCUGUUUUACUACAUCAAGGGAUGUCUUUCUGACCCGGAUUGCUAUGGUGUCUCGACGGGCCAUGGGUCGGAGAUGGGGAGUGUCAAGGCUGAGAGCAAGUCGAGGUCUCAGCCUUCCGUCAACGAGCCGUGAGCCCGGCAGUGUGCAAGUAAUAAAGUUGCAAAGAAGCUUGACGAAGUUCGAGUUGGGUCAUUAUGAGAAGGGGAAGAUUCGCAAUAAUCUCUGCUCGAAUUGGAUCUUG